AAAUAGAAUCCCUUGGCGGUGGGGUAUUAGUCAUGGGAUUUACUUUGUAUCCAUAUGUUUACAUGCUAGUACGUUCAAGUCUUAAGAAUGUUAGUAAUUCAGUUACUGUUGCAUUAACACUUGGGUUUUCUACGUUACGUAAUUUGUUUUCUGUCGUUAUACCAUCUGUACGCCCAUCUAUCGCGGCUGGAUUAUCAUUGAUAAUGAUGGAGCUCAUCACAUAUUUUGGCACACCACAAUUCCUCGCGAUUGAUACUUUUACAAUC